UAGUACUAUCAUCUCUCAGUUAUGGCUCCUGAUGCUACUGAUGCUCUUGCAGUUAGAGAAAAAGUUAAUAAGUUUCUGAAGGCGGCUUGUUCAGGGGAUAUUGAGCUUUUCAAGAAGUUGGCAAAGCAACUGGAUGAUGGAAAAGGGUUGGCUGGUACGGUGGCGGAUGUGAAGGAUGGUAAUAAAAGAGGGGCAUUGAUUUUUGCCGCAAGAGAAGGCAAGAUUGAGUUGUGCAAGUAUUUGGUGGAGGAAUUGAAGGUUGAUGUCAAUGAAAAAGAUGAUGAAGGUGAGACUCCUCUUCUUCAUGCUGCUAGGGAAGGACACACUGCAACUGUCCAGUACCUCAUAGAACACGGUGCAGAUCCUGCAAUACCCAGCGCCUCGGGGGCAACAGCUUUGCAUCAUGCUGCAGGAAAUGGACAUGUUGAAUUGGUUAAAUUGUUACUGUCAAAGGGUGUAGAUGUUGAUUUACAAAGUGAGGCUGGAACACCGCUUAUGUGGGCUGCAGGUUUCGGCCAGGAAAAGGUUGUCAAGGUUUUGCUGGAACACCAUGCUAAUGUUCAUGCUCAAACAAAAGAUGAAAAUAAUGUCUGUCCUUUGGUAUCAGCUGUAGCAACCGAUUCAUUGCCUUGCGUGGAGCUGUUAGCAAAGGCAGGGGCUGAUGUCAAUGUUAGGACUGGUGAUGCAACUCCUUUGCUCAUUGCUGCUCAUAAUGGUAGUGUAGGAGUCAUUAACUGCUUACUACAAGCUGGAGCUGAUCCUAAUGCGGCUGAGGAGGAUGGUACCAAGCCAAUACAAGUUGCAGCUGCAAGCGGCAGUAGGGAAGCUGUUGAAGCUUUAUUGCCCGUCACAGAACGGAUUCAGAGUGUUCCAGAAUGGAGUGUGGAUGGAGUGAUUGAGUUUGUGCAAUCUGAAUAUAAGAGAGAACAGGAAAGAGCAGAAGCUGGGAGGAAAGCAAACAAGUCAAGAGAGCCUAUUAUUCCAAAGAAAGAUUUACCCGAGGUGAGUCCUGAAGCAAAGAAGAGAGCUGCAGAUGCAAAGGCGAGGGGAGACGAGGCAUUUAAGGGGAAUGAUUUUGCUACAGCUAUAGAUGCUUACACACAGGCAAUCGAUUUUGAUCCAACUGAUGGCACUCUGUUUUCCAAUAGAAGUCUUUGUUGGCUCCGCCUGGGUCAAGCUGAACGUGCCUUAAGUGAUGCCAGGGCCUGCAGAGAACUUAGACCAGAUUGGGCAAAAGGUUGUUAUCGGGAAGGUGCAGCUCUACGUCUAUUGCAGAGGUUUGAAGAGGCAGCCAAUGCUUUCUAUGAGGGUGUACAGAUCAACCCUGAUAAUAUGGAGCUCGUAACUGCUUUCAGGGAAGCUGUUGAGGCUGGUAGAAAAGUUCAUGCCACAAACAAGUUUAAUUCGCCGUCAUCCUUGAGUUAGAAAGCGCAUAAUGAGAGAGAACAAAUGGUCGCUUCUUUUAUCUGGGCGAUAGUUUUUUCACUGGAGCAAGUUGAUUAUGGGGCAUGCCUUUUUUGAGUAGUUCCAAAUGGAUUAUUUAAUCUUUUGUUCUGUUGCAUCUUCAGCAAUUUAUAGACCAACAACAUGAUAUAAAUACUUUUAAGCUUUCUUAUGUGUUAAUCCUGCAAAUCUCAAGUUUUCACUUGUGAGUAAUUUCAAAGUCAUUAUUUUUAUUCUGUUUAGGGCUUGUUUGGAAAGCCACCUGGUAAUUG